ACGUGGCUAAUUUCAGUAUUGCUAGAAAAGCUUAGGUAUUGUGAGUUGGCUUUUGAGGAGCAGGGAAGAAGUCGUGCUCUUACCUGAGUGCACGUUAUGCUGGAGAUGUAAUGGGAAUCACUUUAUCACUCCUCCUUAUUUCCCAUUUAGGAGGACAUGGCUGCUCACGUGGGAGCAUCCCGAACGCCUCAGGAGGUGAUGGAACACUAUGUGAGCAUGUAUAUCCACGGCAACCUGGGAAAAGCCUGCAUCCCCGACACUAUUCCGAACAGAGUAACGGAUCACACGUGUCCCAGCGGCGGCCCGCUUUCUCCUAGCUUGACCACGCCGCUCCCACCGUUGGAUAUAUCGGUGGCUGAGCAGCAGCAGCUGGGAUACAUGCCGCUUCGGGAUGACUACGAGAUCGAAUACGAUCAAGACGCGGAGACUUUGAUCAGUGGCCUUUCGGUGAACUAUGACGACGAUGAUGUGGAAAUAGAGUUAAAAAGAGCUCACGUAGACAUGUACGUAAGGAAACUCAAGGAGAGGCAACGGCGGAAGAACAUUGCACGAGACUAUAACUUGGUACCGGCCUUUCUGGGGAAGGAUAAAAAGGACAAGGAGAAAGCUCCCAAACGAAAGAUCACAAAAGAGGAGAAGGAGUUGAGGCUGAAACUGAGGCCUCUGUACCAGUUCAUGUCGUGUAAGGAGUUUGAAGACUUCUUUGAGAACAUGCACAAGGAGAGGAUACUUCGAGCAAAGAUUCGGGAGCUGCAGCGGUACCGUCGAAAUGGAAUCACCAAAAUGGAAGAGUCGGCGGAAUACGAGGCGGCCAGGCAUAAACGGGAAAAGAGGAAGGAGAACAAAAACAUAGCUAGUUCCAAGAGAGGGAAGGAAGAUGGUAAAGAAGGUGAAUUUGCUGCCAUUGAAAACCUGCCUGGCUUUGAACUCUUAUCGGACAGGGAAAAGGUGCUCUGCAGCUCUCUAAAUUUGAGUCCUGCACGUUAUGUGACUGUAAAAACUAUAAUCAUUAAAGACCAUCUCCAAAAAAGACAGGGAAUUCCUUCAAAGAGUCGCCUUCCCAGUUACUUAGAUAAGGUACUGAAGAAAAGGAUUUUAAACUUUCUAACAGAAAGUGGUUGGAUAUCCAGGGAUGCUUCAUGAAACUCAGCUCAUCUGAAAAAACACAGCAGAGGCCCGUUAUAGCCUCAAGGACUCCGUUAUUUUUUUCCUUCCCUCCUCAAAGAUACAGAAAUUAUGUCACUUAAAAACAAACAAAAAAAAGCGAAUACAUAACCUCCCCGGUAUUCAUGGUCCAUGGUUCAAAUAGACUUUUGCUUUGGAUCAUGGAAAAUACUUAAUUGUGAAACUUCUACAUUGGAUUUCACUGCUUUUGGUAUAUUAUUAGAACAGAUUUCUUUCAUGUGAACUUACUCAAGUCCAGUAGUCCCGGAGUAGUUACUUUACUGCUUACUAUUGGACAAAUGAAUAUCAGUGUAAUUCUUGCUUUUCUUUGAAGGUGGGAGACAGUUUCAUUUGCUGGAAACUUUCUCUUCUCCCUUUGCUUUGUUUUUUGGCAUAAUGCUGGUGGCAAAGUGAAGCUUACAAAAGUCCUGAGCUCUGGAGCACGGUGAGCGGGGGUUUUUGUGACCAUCGCUAAGCUUUCAGAACAUUCUCCUUAGUAACUACAGCCAAGGCGCUGGGACAGUGAGCGGGGGUGUGUUUCUGUCGAGAAUACAGCAGGGAUGAGCCAUGGCAGAGAGUGGAAGGAAAGGGAUGUGGUAGGUGAGGGGCCUUCGGGUACUUGUGCUGUGGAAGGGGUUCUUGAAGAGCUACCCUCACACCCAGCUGAUCCGGACAUAGCUUUGACUUGAGUUUUUGCUGAAACAGACCCCACUGAAGCUUCAGUGUUAACUAAUUAGUAGCAAAGUUGCAGGAGUACCUGGCAGCUGUGGUGCUCUGUUCCGGAGGAGGGGUCAGCGCUACUGUGAAGUGGCUGAUUUGGGCCAGAAAUGUGGUUUGGGAGAAUAGGCAGCAAGUUGUCUUGCAGUGGUUGGGAGCCUCAGGCAGCAAAAUCACCGUUUCUUCUUGUUGGGGGGAGGCUACUCCUCCUUCUUUGGUAUCUGUAACUUCUGAGCUUGUAGGGGCUGAGGAGGUGUAGCUGCCGCCUCCUGAGUUUGAUUGGGAGGGACAGGGAAAGGGAGCGAAAUUCUCAAAUGGAGAGUGAUCACUGAGAUUGGUUUUUAAAAACAAAAAAGAGAAGUGAUACAGAUUAGGUCAAAAUGCACAGCUAAUGUGCUCCUAAAGUACGGAGCUGUAAAUCAAGCCAUUACAGGGUUCUAAUUGCACAUAGCCUGAAAUGUACCGGACUAAGCACAUUGAAGUUGACGUUACUGACAUGGUAGGAGAACUGUGAAUGCAGCCCACCGCAGUGAGAACAGCGCACCUUGAGAGGUAACUCAUCACAACUCUGAUGACUACAGUCUGAACUGGGUGCUUGCGAGAGGCGCCAGCUGGCAACGUAACACAGCGUGUAACAGAAACACCAGAUCCACAGUGCUGUUUUAGAAAGAUCUACCAAUUAAGGGAAAAAUGUUGAAAGAGGACUAGAAAAGGAUUUUUAUGCUCAUUUCCUCCUUAAAUACCCGUGCUGGUAUUUAACCAAAUGAAUAAAAAAUGGUGGUUGCCACAUAGAAGACAGCACAGUGUUACUUGUGCCUAAGCCUCUCUGCUGGUCGUGUCCAGAGCAGGAAGCUGUGACCGGAGGCCAGUUGGGCAGGUCUCCUGGAGUGCAGGUGUGCCACAACGUGGAACUGGACUGCCUUCAGAACAAGGGCAAGCACUGGAAAUGUCAUUUUGGUUUGAUGCUUUGGGCUGUAGUCAGUGAGGAUACCACAAAAUCUUAAAACAGUAUUAAUUUCUGCAACUUGGCAGAGGUAUACUGAUCAGAACUGGGUUUUAGUUAAUAUAUCCAGCAUUACCAAAAUAGUGUUACCAGUGAGUUUAGAAUAAAAGGGGUACAAUUAUAAAGCCAGCAUUUCUAAGGAAUGAAAAACCAAAACUCUAGUGCCUUUUUCUUUUGAGCUCGUGAUGUUAUGUCCCUUCAAAAAAGGUAAGGGCUAUGUCCUCCCAGAUGUAAUACUUUGUUUGGCUUACCUGUAAGUAAGUAAGUGGCUUGUUGUGGAAUACUUGAGACAAAACUGUCUCUCCUUGGCAGCAGUGGAACUAACUGCAAUGUGCUGAGUAGCUUUAAGAACCACUUCCACCCUUUAUGCAUGUACAAACAGCACACAAGUCCAUAAGGUAAAAACCCUUGGUUAUUUUCUGUCUUGCUCCCGUGGAAAGGAAGCUCAGCCUUUCUUUCUAGUAUUCUAGCUAUGCCAUUUGGUUCUUGCUGUCACUUGUUACCUAACUGCCAUAACAUACCAUCACUGAUGGUGUUCUGGAACCUCAACUCUGCAUGUAGCUGGGAGUUUACAAGAAUUGGGGUUGGUUUGGUUUUUUUUUUCCCCUCAAAUCUGUGAUUUUUAUAUUUCUACACUGUUUUGGCACAUCUAAGUCUAACUGAAGCAAUAGUCUAAAGCCCAUCUGACCAGUAACUUAAAAAAAAAAAAUCUAGGCACCAAUGAGUCAUUUAAAUGUUGGAAGUGAAUUCUGCAUUUACACUUGUAGUUUCUUAAUUCCUCAGCCCCUCCAAAAUGUUUCUUUGGUGCUAGACGUAACUUAUUGAACAUCAAAAUGAAUGUAAAAUAAAGUAUUUUUAAUGUAUGAAAUAUGGAUAUCAAUAUUUAUUUUAUACUUACAGGCAAAUUCAAGGUGGUAAAUGUUUGCUUUAGCAAAUACUAGUCCCUUGGAAAGGGCUUCCCUAGAAGCAAUGUCUCAUUGUCAGCUCUGCUUUUAAUUUUAAAGGUGACUUGCACUAGAGGAUGCUGCUGUUCCAUAUUUUCACAUGGAACUGAUUUAGUCUAAGCAUUCCUUUGUUAUGAGCUGCUGUUUUUGUUUGUUUGUUUGUUUGUUUUUAAGUUGAGAUGCAGGUAUGUUAAUCCAGCAACUUACUUACUAGAGCUGCGCUGCUUCUCUUCUGUGGUGAAGGGGCUGAGAAAAAACAUGGCAAAGAGCUCUUUGACUUGUAUCUUGUGUUGAUCUGGAAGUGCUUCCUGUACUGUACAAAUAACUUAGCCUUCAUGUUGCUAAUGAAAAGGUGUUUUAUAUGCUUAAUGCUCUUGACUUUUCUAAUUAAAGAUAUUACUAAUGAUAGUAUCUGUCCUAACAGCAUUGAUGUAAGCCUAUGAAAAAGUGACACUCCAUAAGCUGUUCAAAAUACUGAUCUGCUACUGGUAGAGGCAGCAAUAAGUCUGUUUUAAUGCUGUAUGUUUACUUCAAUCAGUCCAGUCCCAGUGAUGUUUUACGGUAAUAUUUGCUCACUAGGUAACAAGGGAGCAUUAAUCUCCAUUCUGUGUGUACUACCCAGUGCAGAAGGGCUUGUUACAGAGUAUUCUGGAUACAGACCCUCCGGCUCUGUGUUCCGUUGCAGUCCCAGCAAGCAUUAAGAACAGCGUUAGUAGGUUUGCACGCGUCUUUGACCAUAAACUGCCUUGUAUAUCACACAGGCUAAGCACUCUGCCAUUAUUCUCUUGUGUGGCGGCUGCAUCAAAUUUCUUCGCAACUGUAACGGACUUCAUUAGCCUUUUGGUUUACUAUCUCUUCUUGCGAAAUAUUUUUGCAUGUGCCCCAGUUGCUCUUAAGUAAGUGAUGACACAUUAAAUACUGUGAAGGAAGGUACCUGGUGAGCAUGUUCACCUCAUCAGCUUCUUCCUUAAAGGGAAUGUUGCACUCAUUUGAAUAGUGUACUGGUGUAGCUGUGCCAGACACACAAAUGCCUGUGCUGAAAUCAUGUAAAACCUAACUGAUGUUGUACACACUCAGCAUUUUACUAGGUUUUUGCAUUGUAUAUCGGUAAAUAAACUUGUAUUAAAGUUUCUUUCCAUUAUUGAUUUAAUGGUAACGUAGUUUGCGUAAUAAGGAAAAUGGCUUAAGUCUUUGCAAGAACAAAUGGAGAUGCAUUUCAGCUAAAUGAUGAUGAGUGAAGUGGCAUUUAUGAAAUGGCUAAACCAGAGGUGCUGGUGGUAGCUUUGUUGGCUGCUCUUAUGCUUAAGUUUCAGAACCACCUCCCUCUGUUCUUCGAUUCCUUCAGUGCUUCUUUCUGUUGUAUGGCAGGGUGCACAGGUGGUUUGAGCUCUCAGUAAAGACUGAAGCUCUCCACACCAAAAGCCUCUCUGAAAGGGCAGGCCAAGGAAGAGGAACCACUUAAAUGAGAUACUCGGUUAUCAUCAGCUUUAAAGAUACUAGUUUGAGUCUUGUGCUGAACAUUUAACAGUAACUUGUGUUUAAGAACACUCUGAAUGAACUAAUGAUGUAGUCCAAAAAAGACAGUUUGUGUGGGGUGCUGGGAAGCUCAUUAACAAAAUCUUAAUCUGCUAGGGAAGAAGCUGUCCCUUUGUUUUAAUUGCCCUACUAGAAAAAACUUCUAUACUAAUGAAGUUACUAUUAAAUUUAGUUUAGAUCCAGAGGGGUUGGGAAGGGGGCAGAACAACACAUGACAGUUUUUAAAAGGUAUAUAUAUGGACCCUAGUCCCUUUAUGGCGUAUCAGUUGAGCACAGGUUCCAGUCAAAGUGCAACAAAACCAUUUCUUCAAUCCUACUUCAUGCAGCUACAGCAUGCUCUAACCCCGACAGAAGGAAGUUACUUCCAAAUUCAACUUAAGUAUAUGGAAUCCCCUUUUUUUCCCCUGUAGUUUUACACUCAAUCAUUGCAUUUUGAUCCCUGUACUUGACUAGUUUAAAAAAAUUAACACUGUAGUUGUCUUCUCACACGCACCAGAAAUUACUCUCUCUCCCCUGCCUAGUCAAAGCGUUGAUUUUCUUUCUCAGAGUUGAGAAAGAAUGAAUUAAUCCUUAAACAUGACUAACCCCCGAACAGUAGUAUGCACUUAGGUUGUUCCUAGUUAACUGUCUGAUUCCCAUGAGGCAAACCAGCACUGGAAAAAAAGUCUUAAAGAACAGGUAAUCACUUCUCACCACGAGUAGGUCUAGUGUUCAGUAAGCUGUUGGCAACUCUGCAUCUCAACCAAAAAAAACAAUUGCUACUUGACCUUAAGGUAAGAAUCACCUUAAUUCAAGACAACCAGAAACAAGGGUGAAAAAUUCAGAAGUGCUUACUGUUCACCAGGUCCUAACAACAUGGCUAAGUUUGACAUUUCUGUCCUGUGUGUUAUGCAUAUGGGCUUUGAGGAUACAAGAGGACAGAUGCUUUGUCAGUUGUGUAAUUUGCCAGGUUCUGUCCACUCCUAUCCAGGUAACCAGACAAAUGUAGGACAAAGCAUUCAGUUAACCAUGUAUUGUAUUUAGCCUGAUUCUGCAGAUCAGGAGCAGCAGGUGGUGUUGGACACGGCAAGAGCUGCAUAUGGAAAAAGUUCUGUUGCAACUUAAGAUCCAAGCUGAGUAAAUGCAAGAAAUGAAGAUGAAACUAAGUUCACAUUUUUGUUUGAGCCACUUACUUACAUGCAAUUAUUUAUGUAAUU